AUGGGGUGGCCGGGGCUGUUGAUGGCCGCUUGCCUCCUCGCUCUCCCCUCUGCUGCAGCCGACUGCCUGUCCUGGUGCUCCUGGUGUGCCCUGAAGACCCAGGAUGGACCCAAACCCAUCAACCCCCUGAUUUGCUCUCUGGAAUGCCAGGAUGCCCUGCUGCCCUCCGAGGAGUGGGAGAGAUGCCAGGGCUUUCUGUCUUUUCUCACCCCCUCCACCCUUGGGCUCACUGGCAAGGAAGAUCUGGAGGGCCAGGCAGCUUUGGAAGAAGCCUACAGUGAGCUGGUCAAGCUCAUCGGUCCCUUCCUGAAGGAGGCAGAGAAGAGCAAAUUCCUCCCUGGCACCCUGACAAAGGAGCGGCUCAGGGGUCUCCCGGGUGGGUUUGGGGCGGGAGGGGAAUCGGAGCUGACCGGGGAUGCCCAGCUGAACCAGGGCGCCCUGGAGGCGGCUGUGCUGGACUUGAAUGAGGAGGACCCCAAAGCGCAGGUCAAGCGCUAUGGGGGCUUUCUGCGCAAAUAUCCCAAGAGGAGCUCAGAGGUGGCUGGGGACGGGGACGGGGACGGGGACAGGGCGGGCCACGAGGACUUAUACAAACGCUACGGGGGGUUCCUGCGGCGCAUCCGCCCCAAGCUCAAGUGGGACAACCAGAAGCGUUACGGUGGUUUCCUCCGGCGCCAGUUCAAGGUGGUGACUCGGUCCCAGGAAGACCCCUACGCCUACUCCGCGGAGCCCUCGGACGCGUAAGCCCCGCGCGGUGCAGGGGAGUCGGGAGCUUCCCCUGGCACCGCCCCGUCCUGGAGCGCGCCCAUCGCUCCUGCGCACACCUGCCCGCAUGCUCAGCCCAGCACUGGCUACAACGUAUCCAAGCCCAGCCUUUCUCCCUCCCGCGGGGACUGUGGGAGUUGUCUGGGGUCACUGAUGAGAAAGAAUGGAGAUCCCCCUUCCAAUGAGCUCAGUGCUCGGUUCAGAGCCCUAGACCUCUAUAACCACCAACCGCCACUUUCGGUAUCCCUCCACCCGGUUCUCAUGACCCGCCCCCAACU